AAUUCUGUUUACUGGAAUCAAAAUCAAAGACGUGUUGAGCUGUUACCACAAUUUCUCUCUCUACAUUUUUUGAAUAUUAUAAUCGAUUCUCUCUCUACAUUAUUCUUUCUUUCUCACUCUAUAUAUUGCUAGCUGUAUAGACAUUUUGUACUACACGCUCAUAACCUCCCCAUUUUCUGUUUUUUCUUUUCAGAAUUUUAGAAUAAUAAUUUAUCAUUUCUACUGCUAUUAAAAUUUGAAUUUAUAUUCCCUUAUAAUAAUCUCAACAUGAAUGCCUCCAUGAAUUAGCUUCUUUCUUCCACCCCCACGCGUCCCUUCCUCAUCUCUCUAAAAUGAAGUCUUUGUAGCAUUCACUGUCACUCCACCGUUUCCUGGAUUUGCCCCUCGUAUUCUGUUUUUAGCAGUUCAAGUUCAAAAACCCAUAAAAAGAGCUUUGUCCGAGCAUUUCUCCUCCUGGGUUUUUACACUCAAAAGCCCCUAAAUCUUUAGUCUUUUGGCCCCUGUUUAGCAUCUGGGUUUUCACAUUCUUUCAUAAAAUUUGAUCUUUGGUCUUUGAAAUUUAACAUUUGAAGCUUCAUCUGGCUCUUGUAUAAAAUUCAUCCAACUCUUGAAGAAUGGCACCAUCUUUGUACUGGUGGGCGAAGGAAACUCACGGGGGGACCCCUGUGGUUGUGAAAAUGGAGAACCCAAGUAACUGGUCCAUAGUGGAGCUUGAGUCCCCUUCAGAGGAAGACUUAAUGUACACAAACGACAGCGUACCCAAAGGAGGCCGGAACAAGAACGCCAAGCAGCUAACGUGGGUUCUCCUCCUGAAAGCCCAUAAGGCAGCCGGUUGCCUCACUUCCAUUGCUUCCACAUUCUUCUCCCUCACCUCCAUCGUCCGCCGCCGCGUAGCCUCUGGCCGCACGGACUCUACCGACACCACUGACACCGAAAACCCGGCGGUGAAGUCCCGGUUUUACUCCUGCAUUAAAGUCUUCCUCUGGCUAUCUUUACUCCUGCUUGGUUUUGAAAUGGCUGCAUAUUUCAAAGGGUGGCACUUUGGUGCACCUGAUCUUCAGUUACAGUACCUCUACAGUUUGACUAGUCCUUUGGUUGUGAAGAGUGUGUUCGAUUCCCUGUAUUCUAGCUGGGUUUUGAUCAGGAUGGAAUAUCUUGCUCCACCUCUCCAGUUGUUGGCUAAUGUGUGUAUAGUUCUCUUCCUUAUCCAGAGCUUGGAUAGGCUAAUUCUUUGUUUGGGUUGCUUCUGGAUCAAGUUCAAGAAAAUCAGACCAGUUUGCAAACAAGAACUUGUAGAUCUGGAGUCUGGAGAUGCUGAUGGCUAUUUUCCUAUGGUCUUAGUUCAGAUUCCCAUGUGCAAUGAAAAAGAGGUUUAUCAACAAUCUAUUGCGGCAGUGUGUAAUUUGGACUGGCCUAAAGGGAAUUUGUUGAUUCAAAUUUUGGAUGAUUCAGAUGACCCGACAACGCAGUCAUUGAUCAACGAGGAGGUGAAUAAAUGGCAACAGGAAGGUGCCAACAUUGUGUACCGACACAGAGUGAUUAGGGAGGGGUAUAAAGCUGGCAAUCUUAAGUCUGCAAUGAACUGCAGCUAUGUUAAGGAUUACGAAUUUGUUGCGAUAUUUGACGCCGAUUUUCAGCCCACUCCAGAUUUUCUAAAAAAGACUGUUCCUCACUUUAAGGAUAAUGAGGAAAUAGGAUUGGUUCAAGCAAGGUGGUCAUUUGUGAACAAGGAUGAAAACCUACUAACGAGGUUGCAGCUCAUUAAUUUAGCUUUUCAUUUUGAGGUGGAGCAGCAGGUGAAUGGAAUUUUUCUUAAUUUCUUUGGGUUUAAUGGGACUGCUGGUGUAUGGAGGAUAAAAGCAUUAGAGGAUUCUGGUGGAUGGUUGGAAAGGACCACGGUCGAGGACAUGGACAUUGCUGUUCGUGCUCAUCUUAGAGGAUGGAAGUUCAUCUUCCUCAAUGACGUGGAGUGUCAAUGUGAACUGCCGGAAUCUUAUGAAGCCUACAGGAAGCAACAACACAGAUGGCAUUCUGGGCCUAUGCAGUUGUUCCGUCUCUGUAUGCCAGACAUCAUUAGAUCAAAGAUCAGUAUUUGGAAGAAAGGCAACAUGAUUUUUCUCUUCUUCCUUCUAAGGAAACUGAUACUCCCGUUUUAUUCAUUCACUUUGUUCUGCAUCAUUCUUCCUAUGACAAUGUUCAUUCCGGAGGCUACUCUCCCGACUUGGGUUGUCAGUUAUGUACCUGCAACAAUGUCGUUUUUGAAUAUACUCCCAGCACCCAAGUCUUUUCCCUUCAUUGUGCCUUACCUUCUUUUUGAGAAUACCAUGUCGGUAACGAAGUUCAAUGCUAUGAUAUCUGGCCUUUUCCAACUUGGAAGUGCAUACGAGUGGGUUGUCACUAAAAAGUCUGGUCGGUCCUCAGAGGGUGAUCUUAAUUCCUUGGUUGAGAAGCAACCAACAAAGCACCAAAGAGGUAGCUCAGAGCCUAACCUAGAGGAAAUGCGAGAGGAAAUUAAACAGCAGGAGCAGAGGGCUUCUCGAAAGAAGAAGCACAACAGAAUAUAUACCAAGGAGUUGACACUAGCUUUCCUUCUUUUGACAGCUUCAGCAAGAAGUCUCUUGUCUGCACAGGGGAUCCAUUUUUACUUCUUGCUCUUUCAGGGCAUAUCAUUCCUGCUCGUGGGGCUCGACCUAAUUGGCGAGCAGGUGGAGUAACUCAAUGUAGCUAGGUUUAAUACUAAACAUGUAAAUCUGUAGUCAAUCAUUUCCUGAGAUGCUGGAUACUGAAGUUAAUACUUCUAGGAAUGAGCAAGCUGGACAUAGGAGCUGUGUGGAAAUUCUGCUUUGUAGAGGCGAAAGUAUUUUGUCCUUGCUUUCAUACGAUAACUGCACCCGAAAACCAAAUCACCCGAUAAGGAGGCAAUUCAUUAAAAAUUACAGCACUCUCACUUGGCAUUGAGGAAGCAGAGGAAACUGGCACAAAGUGGUGGUAUUCAUUACUAUAUCAGGUUUUCGUUUUUGGUUUUGUUAUUGCUGUCUGUGUAGAUUCUUUUGUUUGUUGGUAUAUUAUUUUUGUAAGAAGAAUUUGUCGUUCAUAAAUUGGUGACAGCUAAAAUACUUGGAGCAGGAAUACUUUGCAUCUUCUCUGCACAAUAAUGUUUCAUCUAUUGAUUUCAUAA